CAUACUACAGAGGACGCCUGACUUGUAAUAUUGUAAGUUAAUUUUCUUUCAAUCCUCUAACAUUCACCUGUAAAUUAGAUGGUAAAGUAACCAAUGUAUUCACUUUACAUGUAUUUCACAGCUCUGCUUAUUCAAAGUUUAUUUCUAGUUUCCAACGUGAAUGAGGAAGUUCAAAGUCUGAAACAGUCAGUGAGGGCAAGGUGUGGCACUCUUUCGGUAUCAGUAAAUUAAACUAAAAUAGAUCACGAGAAUUAGUAAAUUCUAGAAUUUGUAUACCUUCGACUUUAUUUGUGCUGCAGUUACUUCUCAACCUGUUGCAGUUUUUCCCAGCAAAUACCAUUCAUUCAAGAUUCUUAUUUAUUAUAGCAGCAGAGCAUGUUAAAGUUUGACAUCUAGGUUCUGACCUCAUUACUUCCCACAGAUAUGUUUACGUGAGAUAUUGGGUUGGAAAUAGUUUCUGAUUUGUAUAAUGAUAAUUGAAUAAUCCACCAUCUGUACUCACCUCAGUACAGUGCUGGUAAUUUAAAUUUUGCUUGAACUUCACAAACCACUAAAAAUUCUACUUAAAAGCUCAACAUAAUGGUUGGUGCAAUGAUAUCGCAAUUUCUGUCUUUUUCACAGUUCCCUGAUGCGAAGAAAUGAAUAUAGAGUUAAAAGUGACUGCCCCCCCAACAGAAACACAUCCCAUCAUACGGUGUAUAAUUAACAACAACCUCAAGAAGCUCAAAAAACUCUUAAAGGACAACAACGUUAAUCACGCUUACCCAUACAGAGAACGGAAUGACUUUGUAACCCCACUGAUUGCUGCUGUUGUAAAUCACAACAGUGAUAUUUUUAGUUUCCUUUUGGAUGAGGGUGCAGACCCAAACAUUCCUUCUAGAACAGGAUUGACACCUUUGCAUUAUGUCUCACUUUCCCAAGCUCAGCUAACGUUUGUUGAGAAACUGCUUAAAGCAAAAGCUAAUCCAAAUGGUUUGGAUCCUAUGGGACUACAACUAUUCACACCCCUGCAAACUGCUGCCAUCAAUGACAGGGAAGACGUUGUGAAACUGCUCAUUUCUGCUGGCGCACAGGUAACAUUGUUACCUGUCACUCAACCUGAACACAUACACAACCAAAAAAUAUCUCAGAUGAUUCUGAACCUUGCUUCAAAUGGAGAUAGAUCAUGCUCCAAAAUAAGAUAUUUUCUGGAUAUGGAAAUUGCUGUUCGAGGGAAACAACCUGAUGAAGUGUUCAAAGCUUUUGACAGUCACAUGCUGCUGGAGGAUCCUCAGACCCAUUUGACCAUGAUUGAAUUUCUCUUUACUGUCUUUGGGCGAAAUAUGGAAAAAUACAGUCAGGGAAGUGUUAAAUGGCUGAAGGACACUGGAAAUGUGAACACCUACAUUGCAGGUGCAGCCAGUCGCCUUCCAAAGAUCCCUAAGACAGAUGUAAUGAGGGCAAUCAACAGUUUACAUGCCGUUUUCUGUACGAUGGAAGAAAUACCAAAUGAGCAUGCUUUGGCUAUUAUCCACCAGCUACUGCAACAGCUUCACACAAAACAAAGACCUGAUAUAUGGCAAGCUGUCCUGCAAACACUAUAUGUGAUAACACAGAAAACAAAAGGCACAAAUGACUGGGAUCCCAACUUUGUUGAGAAGUUAUGCAGAACUGUUGCUCCUUUUGUAAAAGACCAACACACCUGUGACACUAGAGUCUACACGUAUGGCAUAUUUGCAAGCUUACUUCCAGUUGAACAUGCUGUUAAGAUCUUUACAUCACUGGGGAUAACUUCAGUGCCUGAGGACAUACUGACAUCUGCAGAUAUGAAAAUGAAUGACAAGCUGAAAGAAGAUCUCAGACGACUAAAAAACCAUUUCAGCACACCCAACUUGGAAAGUGAAGACUAUACAGCCACCUCUGGAUCCAAGAAAAAGAAGAAAAAGAAAAAGAAAAAGAAGGAGAAGACAGAAAAGCAAGAGGACUCAAAUGAUGAGGCUAUUACUGCUGUAACUGACCUGACAGCAGCUCCUAUUCCGGAGUCAACUUCAAAUGUGAAGCCGUUCCACUUCAGCACCACUACAUUAUCAAAAACACCCGAAUGGCUACCAAUCAGCAAGAGGUGGAGAGAAAAAUUAGAAAAGCUUCGGAACACUGAUGAAAGUAAAUUAACCAGAAUUGGGAGCAUGAUUUUUGUAAAUGAUGCAGGAUUACGCAUAGCAAAGGGAAGUGAUGGUACUGAAGUGUUCUUGGGGCUGAGAGAUGAUGAUACUGAAGUUGCCAUCAAGAGAAUGUCCAAAACUAAUUAUCAGGAGCUCAAAAAUGAGAAAGGACUUCUCCGACUUCCAAAGCUCAAUAAUCCAUCUAUUGUACGAUACGUUGACUCUGCAGAGGAUGACAACUUUGGAUAUCUUGGUCUUCAACUUUGUGAGUACACCCUGGAAGAAUAUAUCAGAAAUAAUGAUGGUGGUCUGCUGAAAAAGAAACUUGUCUAUGAAGUUCUUGAGAGUUUGAAGGUCCUUCACUUUCAAGAGCCUCCAAUUCUCCACCGGGAUCUCAAACCACAGAAUGUUUUGAUCGAUGUUGACGGAAGGGCAAAAUUAGCUGACUUUGGCAUAAGUAGACAGUUACUCAAAGGCCAAACAACUUACCGCACAGGCAGUGCAGGAACAAAAUGCUGGAUGGCCAAAGAGACUUUAACAGAAGACGCUGUCAUACCAUACAAGCCGGAAACUGACAUACAGGUUGCAGGGAUGCUCAGUUAUUACAUCCUCUCUGGAGGACACCAUCCUUUUGGUGACAAAUCCUCUAAAUGUGAGAACAACAUUGAUGAAGGGAUUUACACUUUGGACCAUAUUCAAGAUGUGCUGGCAAAGGAUCUGAUUGAAUGGAUGAUCGAUGAGAAACCAAAAAACAGACCUACAGUGGAGGAAUGCUUGAGUCAUCCCUUCUUCUGGACCACUGAAAGGGCAGUUGAGUACUUGAGAAGGACUGGGAACAGGGAUGAGGUGGCAAAGUGUCGAAAUCCUGACCAGGACCUGCUUUGUUCAUGGAAAAAAUGUGCAUCGGAUAAAUCCUUUAAACAGUGGAAAAAUGAGUUUCCUCCAGAGUUGGUCCAGAAGAUGGAUUCCAAGAACAAAUCCUACCCUGACAACAUACUGGGAUUACUGCGCUUCAUACGAAACCUACAUGAGCACUAUGCCAAGGAUGCAGCCCAAGUUGAUGUGAUGUCAUUGUUUCCUGAUCUCCUUGGAUGUGUUUACAAGUUUGCCAAGACCCAAGGGUGGAACUCAGAGACACCCUUGAAGGAAAUGUUUCGAAGAGAAGAUAUCGCUGCCACCUUUACCAUGCUUUCCACAAUUGAUGAGGAGCAUCUUGGUGUCCCAGUUCAAGAGUCUCAACCCAGUGACAUGAAGAGAUGAUUUAAAUAAAAUAAAGGAAUUCAAAAAUUACUUUAGAGUCUUAAAAAUAGAAAAAAGAAAAAAAAAAUCUGAUGGAAACUUUUCCAAUUAUGAGAGUGUCUAGCCCUUGACAAUUAAAAGGUGCUAUAGACUAUGUUACAUACAUUCAAAAUGGUGUUUGCUUUAUUAUUUUUAUUUAUAUAUUAUUUUUAUUAUUAUUAUUUUUGAUUUAAAUGAGUGGUAUUGCACAUUUGCAAAACAUAAUGGAAUGUACAGGGUAGCAUGGUGGUGCAGUGGUUAGCACUUAUAGCAAGAGGGUUCCAGGUUCGAACCCCAGUCUGGGCCCUUCAUUGUGGAGUUUGCAUGUUCUCCCUGUGCCUGUGUGGGUUUUCUCCGGGUACUCCGGCUUCCUCCCACAAUCCCAAAAACAUGCACUUUAGGUUAAUUGACUACUCUACGUUGCCCCAAGGAGUGACAACCCUGCGAUUGACUGGUUGCCAGUCCAGGGUGUACCCCGCCUCUCACCCCUAGUCGGCUGGGAUAGGCUCCAGCCCCCUGCGACCCUAACAGAUAAGCGGUAAAGAAAAUAGAUGGAUGGAUGGAAUGUACAAGCUUGUGGUAGAAAUUUAUGGGAUGACCCUGUGGUUGAUAUGUUUAACUGAAAAGGCCUCAGUGCCCUUCACACUUGUUUUGGGAGGUUCCAUUUUGUUCAGUGUUACAGAUCAGAUGGGCGUUGGAGAAAUUUCUGACUUCAUUACGUUUUUUGACUUGUUAUUCUGUAAAAUGUGCUUACAGUGUGAUCUUUCAGAGUCUUUGUGCUUUUAUUGUG